CAUUUUGAUGAAAGCAAACUGGGAUACUGCAAGAAAACCUAUUUUGGAUUAUUAUAAUAUUUAACAAAAAAUGAGUGUGUCGACGGGAAAAUGAUUUUAAGGAUUAACGAAAAUGAACUCUCGCAGCCCAAUGCAGCAAUAUUGGAGCAAUUCACUCGCGAUACGGCAGGAGAUACAACGCUUUGAAAGUGUUCACCCGAGCAUUUAUGCCAUUUAUGAUCUGAUUGAGGCCAUCCCCGAUCCCCUCAUCCAACAACAAAUUCGAGAACACGUCGUCUGCAUCGAAGAUUCAUUUGUGAACAGUCAAGAAUGGACAAUCAGUCGAUCUGUACCGGAUAUCAAACUGGGUAUACUGGGAAGUGUAAACAGUGGAAAGUCAGCGUUAGUCCACCGUUAUUUAACUGGAUCAUAUAUGCAGGAAGAAUCUCCAGAAGGAGGGAGAUUCAAGAAGGAAGUUACAUACGAUGGUGGGAGUUACCUUCUCUUGAUCAGAGAUGAAGGUGGGUCACCAGAAAUGCAGUUUGUUCAUUGGGUAGAUGCUGUAGUAUUUGUGUUUAGUCUGGAGAAUGAAAUGAGUUUUCAAGCUGUCUAUAGUUAUUAUGCUAAAAUGGCACAUUAUAGAAAUGCUGCAGAAAUUCCACUUAUUUUAGUCGGUACUCAAGAUGCUAUAAGUGAGAGUAAUCCAAGGGUUAUUGAUGAUACAAGAGCACGAAAACUAGCCAAUGAUUUAAAACGAUGUUCAUAUUAUGAAACAUGUGCUACUUAUGGUUUAAAUGUGGAGAGGGUCUUUCAAGAUGCGUGCCAAAGGAUAGUUCAAACGAAAUUCCCUCACAUUCCCCCAAUGCUCAGUACUGUUGUUCCAAGCACUCCAAAUCAUUCACAGAGGUUUGGUACCAGUAAACCAUAUGAUAGUCACAGUACCAGCAGCCAAUCAACCUCUAGUUCUGGUACCUUGACAACCAAUAAUCCAGCACUACGUGAUCAACAACAGCAGGAACAGCCAAGAAUAUCGAGGGAAAAAGAGUCACGAGAAUCGAAAACUGAAAAAUCUGAAAGAAAGAAAAAAGAACAGCCCCCUUCCCCACCAUCAUUUCCCCCACCCCAGCAACCAGAGCCCCCAGAACCACAGGACGAUAGAGUAAAUUUUAGGGAUCCUGCAGUCACAACACCUGUUACUCCUCGAAAAAAUAAAAAAACUUCUGUUAUCCAGAAAUCUAAUUCUUUCAGCGGCCCCGGUAGUGACCUUAGAUACAACCACCCAACAGCUCAUUUACAAAACUGGAAAAAUAAACAACUAUUCAAACCUUUUAACUUAAGUGAAAAGGUGGAUAGAUACAUGAUGGAAUUACAAAUUCAUGAUACUAGUCCCUUUACACCUCUUCUCACUCGUAUGACGCGAGUUCGUUCCAGUCUCGUUCUUGAUCAGCCAGACUCAAAAGAUUUGCCUACACCAAGCAGCACUCCUACUCAGAAUCGUAAAAACCGGCGGCGUUCUAAUCUUUUUAAUCCUAAAAAAGAUGAUGAAAAAGACAAAACUGGUGAAGGUGAAAAAUUUGGAAGUGGACGAUGUAUUCCUUUAAAACAGGGUUAUUUAUAUAAGAAAAGUCAUGGUUUAAAUAAAGAAUGGAAGAAAAAAUAUGUUACGUUAGAAACUGAUGGAAGAAUUACAUAUCAUCCUAGUUUACAUGAUUAUAUGGAAGAUGUUCAUGGGAAGGAAAUUCCAUUAAUACGAACAACGGUUAAAGUUCCUGGUCAGAGACCAAGAGCUUGUCGAACUGUGUCUAAAGGGAAGGAAGUGAAUGGAAAUGUUACCGGUAAGGGAGGUAAUGGAACUACAUCAUUAGCUGAUAAAUCGUUAGUUAUACAAAAUUCUUCUGUCACACCAGCUAAUUUGGAUUCUGUGCCGUCUUCACCACUGCCUAAAUUAGGUAUAAACAGUUCUUCAAUGGGUUCUAAAAAUGAAACUCCAAAUGCAAGAAAACGGCAUCGUAGAGCAAAGAGUGGUGGUGUUAAAAAUACUGAUCCUAGUCAAGGAGAUGAUUCUGAUGGUUAUGAGUUUGUGAUAGUAUCAUUAGACAGUAAACAAUGGCAUUUUGAAGCAAACAGUGGUGAGGAGAGAAAUUGUUGGGUUGAAAGUAUUGAAGAACAAAUACUGACUAGUCUACAAUCUAUAGAAAGCAGUAAAUCAAAAGAAAAUCCAACAACAAUAAGCGAUGCAUCUGGAAUCGCUACAAUACGUAAUGUCAGGGGAAAUAAUAUUUGUGCUGAUUGUUCGGCAGCCAAUCCGGACUGGUCUAGUAUUAAUCUGGGUAUUUUAAUCUGUAUAGAGUGUUCAGGUAUUCAUCGUAAUCUGGGAACACAUAUAUCUAGAGUUCGAUCACUUGAUCUCGAUGAAUGGCCACCUGAUAUAAGUAAAGUAAUGACAGCUAUAGGUAAUACAGUAGCUAAUAGUGUCUGGGAAAAUAACAUCAAAAAUUUUACAAAACCAACCCCACAAACAACAAGGGAAGAAAAAGAAAAGUUUAUACGAGCAAAAUAUGAACAUAAAGAAUUUGUACCUCCUUUACCUUAUGUAGAUAUCCCUGUUAAUCAGCAAUUGAUAGAUGCAUUAGUAAGAGAAGAUAUUAGAAAUAUAGUUAUUAUUCUCGGUCAUGCCGUAGCUGAAGAUAUCAACGCCCCCUAUUCUAAAGAUGACGGUAGAACAGCAUUACAUAUUGCUGCAGCUUUAGGAAAUGUUGUUUUUGUUCAGCUUUUAUUAUGGUACAAUGCUAAUGUUAAAGUUGUGGAUCAUGAAGGAAGAAAUGCAUUGUGGUAUGCGCGAAGUUCUGGAUCAGGUGACUGUAUGGACUUACUAGCGAAUAAUGGCUGCCCUGAACAUCCUACAUUACCUAGGAGACGGGGGAGUGUUCAGCCAAAUAAGACAGACGUUUUUGACAAAUUACCUGCCAGUGUUAUAUAGCGCGAUUAGAAAUUAGAUAUUGUCAUGGAAAUUAAAGAAACAAAAAGAAUCGCUGUUGUCAUGGCAAAGCGUUACUUAUACAAACCUUUCAGGUUGUCAAUCAUGUGAUCUCGGGAUGUUACUAUGGCAACAAGGACUUCCUGGUUACAGUGGAAAGGUUACCCCCCUGAUGUUACUUGUGCUUAGAUCUGCCUCAUUAUAGUUGUUGCAUGUUUCCUGUUAUUGCCAUUAUGCAGACGUCAUUUAUUAAAAAAAAAAAAUGUCAGAUUCAAAAUAUGAAAAAAAAAUUCUUAGAUGGUUGAAGAAAUAUGAAGGGUUGAUGUUCGAUUGUGAAUGGUGUUUUACACAAUGCUAUUUACUGUUGCGUACAUUACCAUCAACUAAUGACAGAUUUGAGUUGUCACCAUUGUUACAUGAAGAAUGUAGUUAUGAAAGUACAAACUUGUGUGGUGGAAGAAGUUUUUAAACUUUUUUUUUAAAAAUCAGUUUGAGUUUUUUCGUGGUGAAAUCAAGAACAUGACAACGUGAGGAAGUGUUGGUGCCAUGUUUUUUGAUGUCCGAUUUUAACUUUAAAGCUUCAAAAUAAUGAUGACAUUUUGUUUUCGAUGAAAAUUGGAUCAUUCAGUUUUUGUGCCAUGUUGGAACAUUAUUAAAAACUUACAAUGAUUUUAGGUUAAUUAAAGGGACAUAACUUAAAGAACUUACAAUAAGAAAAUAAUAGAUAGUGCAUAUGAUCCUAUAUAUAUAUAUAUAUAUAGUCAUAUCCUGUAGAAGUAUUACAAACAAGUGUGAUAUAAAUAUGGUUAUUGGUUCAUUAUAGUUUCAAUUAGUGUCAACAUUAUGGUUGAAAACAAGAACUGAUGUGCCUUGAUAACGCAUCAGUUGACUAUUAUGAAGCAUGAUGGCUGCUCCCUUGUAGCUCAGAUAAUUUCAGUUAUUUUUUACAGUUUAAAUUGUGUUUAAUCCUUGGAUUUUAUGAUUAAUGUCUUUCUGUGGAACGAGAGACCUCUGAACAUUCUACCUAGAAAUGUUCUAAACUAAAUUAAAAACUCAUCUAUUUAUGGCACCUAGACUGUGUAGCACCUUGAGAAUGCAUACUAGCAUGGUACUGCACAGUAUAAAUAUCCAUAUUAUUAUUAUUAAUAUUACUACUACAUUAUACUAAAUGUACAAAUUAUACAGUUUAUACAAAAUAUUUUCUUACAGAUAUUUCCUUAAUGUCAUAUUUAAUUUUAGAACAGUGAAAUAUUUUUCGUAGUAAUUAAAUAUGGCAGAUUUGGGAUCCGAUAGUUGAAGUAGUCAUAGAUGUAUGACAAUAGAAAAUCUUUAAAAGACUAAUUAGUAAUACUAAACAUACAAAAAAUCUGGGUUAUUCACAACAUUUGAAAGUCUUAAAAACAUUCUUUUUGGUUGACAUGAAAAUUUAAAUUAUAAUUUAAGUAUUUAAUUGAAGAUAAGAUAAAAGAGUUAAUGACCAUAUUUAUAUUAUAUGAUGUAUUGUUGUGUUUUACAGCCGGUAUAUAUAAUCUAUUACACACAGACCCUGUAUAUCAUAUCAUUAUGUUGUUAUAUAAUACCUACAUGGACUGGAUCAAAUACUUGGACUAUUAUAUACUAGUUAUAGUUAUAUAUUCUAAUUUCUUCUCGUCUUGCUACCAGGCUCUAAUUAGGUACAUGGCACAUGUAGCCUAGUUGAAAUUAAUAGUUAAAUGUACAUACACUGGUAUAGUAGUAAGAAAAAAGAAUGUUAAACACAUUUGUUGAAUUGAAUAGAAUACAGAUAUUUGGGCAUGGUGACUAUAGUUAGAUUUAUUUGAAAUCGUAGAUAAGAUAUGUGCAAUAUUUUAGUGAAUGUCCAAGUUUUAAAUCCAGUCCAUGUUAAUUGUAAUUUACGUUAUUAUUUAUAAACUGUGUACAAUUAUAAAUGUAAAGUUGUAUAAAGUGAGGAAAAUAAGUGAAGAAAAUGAUAUAAACAUGUAAUAUGUCUUGGUUGAACCACAGAUAAUAAUUACUUCAUUUAUACUAAUAGUAAUUUUAAUGCUCUAAAUUCCUAACCUAUUUUAUGCCGACUACAAAAUGCACAUACAUGUAGAAUUAGAAUUAAAAAUUAUUUGAUUAUACAAGAGUCAAGACAGAUGUCAGUUCAGGUAGUGUGGUGAGUCAACCAUGAUAUCCAGCAUCAGAAUGGGUUUUCUUGUUCAAAAGUUGGUAAUAAUAAGACAAUUAUUGUUGUGGUUUAACCAAGAUAAACAUGAAAUCUAAAGUGCUUUAAAGUAGAUUAUCAAACAGUAUUUGAAGUUUUAGCUCAAAAAGUAGAUAAUAUAUGUUUACCUAUUAUGUAUUUAGUUCACAUUAUAGUACAUAUACAACUACAAUGUAAGUCAUGUCAGAGUUAUUUCCCUUACCUCUAGCCUUUUCCAGAUAAAUACUUACCUCCUUUCAUAGAAAUAUUAUUUUACUGUAUCAAAAGAGAUCUAUGCUAAAACUAUAUAAUGCCUCUCUUUCUGUAUUAGAUAAUCUCUAUUUGCAUGCAAAGUUAUAGCCCAUACUUUUAAUUUUAAAUGCCACAUUGGCACUUGAUAAAUUAUGAAAUGGAAUAUUAACUUAAUUGUUUAAAGAAAGUGGUUAUAAAAUAUUUUGUCUUAGUGCUGAGAAAAUGGUUGCUGUUAUUAUUAUUGUUACAAAAUAGUCCCCAGGAUUUCUUCUUGCCUGAAAGGUGUUAGGAAAAAUAUUUCAUGGUUAAUCCUUUAUGCUAUUGUAUAAAAAAGGUUGUCUAUUGAAAGGCUUUAGACUUUUAAAUGGCAAAUAUUGAGAAGUGGAACAAUAAUCAAUAAGAACUGCCCACAUAUGUAUUUUAUAUUUCUAUGGUAAGCCCAAACCAGUCAAAUUUUGGGUCUAAGUACUGAUAAGUAGAUGUUUGGUUUUACUAUGAAAGUUAGGUAUUGAAAAAGUUUGUUGAGCUAAAUCGAUUUGAAAGACAACUUUAAAAAGAAAUAUAUGGGUCUGAAUUUGCAGGGCUACGGUUGCCUCAAAAAUCAUAUUUAUAGAUUGAAAGUUGAUGAGAUCAUUUGCUUUGAAGAUCUAGUUAACUUGACAUUCUUCAUCAACACAUCAAUCAACACAUCAACAAAUUAAGUUUCUCAACGUUCAUUAUUUAUAAAUAACAGCUUUAUGUAUUGACUUGUUAACUGUUUUAAAUCAUUCUAACUAUUUAGUUCAUUUACUUCAAAAUAUAUUCUCAUUUCUCAUCAACUGACAAAUCCAUGAAAUAUCCAUCCAUUUAAUUGCUUCAUAUUAGUUUCACUUUAUGAAGAGACUGCUUGAACUUAUUUUCAUUACUCUUUUCACCAAAAUAUUGAGUAUUGAUGGAUUUGUGAAAUCAAUGUUUGGUCUAAUCUUAAUCUUUUCAUGAAAUUGACAUUCUUUGAUUGCAAUAACUAUUGUUUCCUUUACAGAAAGAAGCAAUUUUAUAAAUAUAAUCCAGUCUCAAAGUAAAAAUAUACUGCUGUGAAUUUGACGUUUGAACAGAGAAUCAGAGAAUACACCGUUAUUCUAUAUCACAAACAAAAGACAAUUAGCUUGGGCUUAAGACUAUUUGGCUGACAUACUUACUUGGUUAAUUUACCAGUUCAACAGUGGAAAAGAAUGAUUGAGACUAGUAGGUGUGGCAGAUGGUAAAAUAAGUCUGCCAUCUUGUUCAUUAGCAGCCAAAAAAGUAAUUUGAUGAAAUGCAAAAUCAUAAUACAAUCUUUGAUGAAAUACAAAAAUACAAUCUUUGAUGAAAUACAAAAUUAUAUUUACAACAUUAAUUUUAUCCAUUUUCUUUAUUGUUAAUUUCCAUAUUUUGUUUUCAAAAUGGCUGAUAAGUUGUUAUUAGUGUAAUUAAAAGUUGUGUCGUAUUCCAAUCUCAUAUGACGAGUUAUUGAUAUGUUAUUCAUGUCUUUACAGCUCCAACCCAAAUCUGAGAUGUCUUGCACUGUGAAUAAGAUAAUAUCUGUAUUUUAUCAUAGAAUUCUUCUAAAAAAUAUUAAAGGCAAUAACUAUAAAUAUUGGCUAAAGUAUAUCAUUUGAAUGUGAAAUUUCUUAAUAUUGCCUUAAUUAUUUAGUCAUAUCUUGGAUGACCGUAACCCAUAUUAACCAUUAGAAAGAACUGUAGUUAAUUGAAGCUAUUUAUUUGUAGAUUUACUAUAUUAAAUGAUAAAAAGUAAAUAAUUUGUACAGAAUAUUAUAUUAAUGACGUAUUUAUAUUCUUCACCCAAACAACUCUUAACUUCUUCCAUAGAAAUAAUAAAAAAUAUGUCAAAAAAACAUGAA